CUUCAAUGAAGUAUCUAAUGCUUAACUUAAUACUUUCAGCCUGCGCGGAACAAUGAAACAUCAACCUUUCCACCACCAUCUACGCCACGAUACAAUGCGUACGUAGGCAAAUGCGUCUUGUUUUAACAUCACUUGGUGAAUAUAUCCCCUCAUCCAUCACCUUACCUAUGAUCUAGGUGAUUAGGUACUUGAGCGCAUACCUUCUUUCCUAAUGAGCGCUGUUUCAUCCUUCAGUUGGCAUUGAUUCCUUUUUCGGUGGAUCCAUACCAAGUACCCGUUCAACUUCCUUUCUUAGUUGGUUGUCGGUUUCCGUCGUCAAUCGUCAAGCCCUCGAUCUUCUAUCACCAAGCAAAUCAACAUACCAUGGCUCCGCUUUGGGGAUCAUCAUGGUCCUCUACCUGGGGUUCUCUAUCCGGAUAUAGCGCUGUUCAAAAUGGCGAGCAGAGUACAGCGACAAGCUCUGCUACGGAUUCAUCCCACCUUAAACCGAGCGUCGGCCAGAUCUUGAUGUCAAAACGAGUGCGAUAUGCUGCCAUUUCCUUCGCCACCUUCGGCUUAUUCUUUCUCGCCUUUCGAAACUACGAUCGCUUACCAUCCAUCGAGAGCUUUCGAGGAAGCACUGCCGCUGCCGGCGCCAAUUCAGAUUGCCCUCCCGCCGUCGUACCAUCUUACGAAGAAGCACAGGUCAAUUGGUCGCGAUUCGCCUACACGCAAUAUGUCACUAAUGCUGCGUAUUUGUGUAACUCUGUCAUGAUCUUCGAGACCUUGUUCCGACUGGGCAGCAAAGCCGACCGUGUCAUGAUGUAUCCCGAGACCAUGAUGGACCCAGGAGAGACGAACCCGUCGUCAGAAGAGGCUAAGUUGAUCGUCAAGGCCCGGGACGAGUAUAAGGUCAAGCUAGUACCCGUUUCGGUUCAGCGAAGGGCCGGUGGUGAUGCUACCUGGGCCGAAUCCUUCACCAAGCUUCUUGCUUUCAACCAAACCCAAUACCAACGCGUGCUGAACGUCGACUCGGAUGCCACUAUUCUUCAAACCAUGGACGAGUUGUUCCUCAUACCACCAUGCCCUGUCGCCAUGCCUCGCGCCUACUGGCUAUUCCCGGACAAUAAAAUCUUGUCAUCCCAACUAAUGCUAGUCCAGCCGAGUGCAGUUGAAUUCGACAGGAUUUUGAAGAAGAUGGAGUCGGCUGGCCGCAACGACUACGACAUGGAAAUUGUGAACCAGUUAUAUAUUGACACUGCCAUGAUCCUCCCUCAUCGCCCUUAUGACCUAUUAACAGGCGAGUUCCGCGGCGACAACCACGAGAAUUAUCUUGGCACUGACAGGGAGGAGUGGGACCCUGUUGCCAUCUUCAACGAGGCCAAGUUCCUCCACUUCUCCGAUUGGCCCGUACCGAAGCCGUGGAUUUCGAUGUCUGAUUCGAUGCGGCAAGAUAAGCAACCUAAGUGCGUAGAGAAGAACGGUCAAGAGGACUGUUCGGCUCGGGAACUAUGGAAUGGCUUCUAUGAUGAUUUCGCACAGAGGCGCUCAACUGUUUGCAGCACCAGAAAGAAGGGGAAGCGGUGAAUCAGUGAAACUUGUGUAGGUUCAUUUGGUUUAUUUUGGCAAUGAAAAAAAAAUAUCGAAUUGUAUUUUAUGUGGCAUGAUAUGUUAUAGAUACCAGCAUCGACAAGCAUGUCCUUGCGUCUCCGUUUGAGAGAGUGUUAAUAUGUAGCGGACUAUUCUUUUGGAUAUGCUUUCAGGAGUUAUAGGAUGACCUGUUUAAUACAAGGCAUUGUGUCUUGACGUUGAUAUUCGAGUAAACACUACUAAAUAUUCUCA